GCGUCCUGUCGCCUUGGUAACAGACGCGCUCUCCACACUUCCGGGUUGCCAAAAACGAAACAUUUUCACAUUGUAUCAUCUCUCCAUUUAGCUAGCUAGCAAUAUCAAUGUUCGUCUGUGGCUCGGUUACUUUAUAAUAUUGAUGAUUCGGUGAUAUCCGCUCUGUUGUUGGUUGGUAAAAACACACUGGCUAUCGUAAUGUGUGAGUCAGAGCUGCGGGCUGGGGUAACGGAGGAGGAGAGGAGAGAGGCAGAGCAGUUAGAGACAGAGUUGGAUAAAUACUUUUUCACCGUGUUUGACGGCUCGUCUCCAGAAGACGUGUCUCACGCCAAGCAGCUGUGGACCUCUCUGUCACUGCUGCCUCCGCUAGAGUCCCGCCUGGUCAACGCAGACAUCCGCCAGAGGCUGCCAAUAGCCCCGACAAACCACGAUGAGACACUUCUGGUAGUCGGAGAGAGGCUGCAGGAGGCUCGCCAUCAGAAGCAGAGACAGGAGGACAGGCUGCAGGAGGCUCGCCAUCAGAAGCAGAGACAGGAAGAGAGACAGAGAUACAUGGACAUGGCCAGACAGAGAGAGGAGACCAUCAACAUGCUACAUCAACAGAGGAAGAAGAGGAUACAGAGGGAAACAGUCUCGCUCCUCUACAAGCCCAGACAGAGGGACAGGAGUGAGAGGCUGGCUCUUAACCCCCCAGAGGAAACAGACGUGGAGGAGGUCCGAAGGCUUCAGUAACACACGGACCUCGGUGUCAGUACAGAAGCAGGUGGAUCCUGCAGGAGUUGAUGUUUUAAUUACAAUGACUUCCUGUUUUUAUAAAGUCUGUCUGUAUGAUUAACUGGGGGGAAAUAUUUUCCUUUUUUGUAUAAAGGAGAUGUUAUCUUUAAGAGAGAGGGAUGUCCGUUCUUUAAAUUGUCCGUUGUUUAAAAGAGCGGGAUGUCAAAAGUUUGGACACUACAGACGUUUUCAUGAGAAGACCGAUUGUCGGGAUGUCUCGUGGUCUACCGCUGUAGGUAGGCCACCUUUCACUGCAGAUGAGGCAGUCCAACAUAGACGGAUGUGGUGGAGUGAGACUCAGCCCAUGAAAAAACAGAUAUCUCUAGCUCUAACUUACGAAAAUGUCUGUCGUUCUCUGUUUCUCUGUCUGUCCAUCUGGCAAUUCAAUUCAAUAAAUGCUUUGCCACUGUUACCAAA